AAGUGGGUCGUUUUUGCUCAAGGCUUCAGUUUUGGUUGAGCGGCUGGCCGUUGCGAAGCACAUGCCCAGCUGGCAGGGAUCUUGAAGCCAUGGCAGCCACGAGCGCCCCGUUUAAGGCAGGAGACGAUGUGCUCGUCUACUACCGAAUGGGCAAGCAAUGCAGACCUGAUCGGAAGUACAUGGCAGUGCUGGACCCCAGAAACGGCUCCUACCGGCCCCGCUACGGCAUCUCCGACGGCUGGGUGCCGGCGAAGGUGGCGCAAGACCCGGAGGCGAACGGGGACGUGAAGGUGGCGUACACCUGGCCCUACUUCUUCACUCAGAGAGGCAACAUGGCCGACAGGUUCAGCACAUGGUCCGAGUGGUACGCGCCAAAAUAUGUGCAGCCAAGUAGAGGCGAGAAGGAGUUGGCUUUGAAGGAGCCUAAGCUGGGGAUCCUGACCUUUCGCUGGGGCGGCCUCAAUGAAGUGGUUGCCCCGGCGCAGUGGGGUGAGACAGGCAGCUCGGUAUCGGAUAUUUUUAUAGAUUCUUACUGCGAUCAUUUCCAGCAGCACUUGUCCACAGACCUCGAGGUCUGGACUGUCUAUAUCGAAGACAAGUCUGACAUGGAAAGGAUCGCCAGUUCAGCUCACCUGAUCUUCAGCGGCAACCACCCAUUGCGUCGAGCCAAGAAGGUUUGUGCAAUGUACCACCUCUACCCCACGGGCUUCGAAGAGCACUGCGUGCCCACCAGCGAGACUGGGGGAGACGGCGGGGCUGCGCUCGUAGAUCAGAAGGCCUUCUUCAGAAUGAUGCAGGCGGUGGAGAGAACUGGCAUCCCCAGCCGCUUUCCUCACGACAGCGGCUUCUACGAGCUGUUGGCAUCCAAGAGAUGGACCUACUACAUGGCCCAUGUUCCAUAUUUGCAGCUGCCUGCAACGGUUGCGCUUCCUCGCAUGCUCAUCGAGCAGGGCAGAGGUGAUUGCAUGCAGGCGGCGAGCUGGGCGUGUGAAGCCUUGAAGGCCUGCCGCGAGAAGCAGCACGCGCUCAGGGGCGAGAGCUGCUCAGGUGAAGUCACCAAGGGUGUAGCCAAGCUGGGCUUCUCCUGGGAAGCUUUGGACGUGAAGUUUUGGGAAGGCCAGCGCGGCCUUGCCACGGCCCUGUCACAGCUAACCCAGGUCAUCGAGAUCUCGGAUGAGUUGACUGGACAGCCUCACGACUUAGAAGCUCUGAUCAUCCAAGAGUUCGUGGAGCAUGACUUGGAAGCCCGCCUCUACGUGGUCAACGGCGAGGUGGAAACCAUCAUCUACACGAAGUUCUGCAAGAUCAAGCCGAACAACGAGUUUGGCGACUUCAAGGAGGCCUUCAGUUCCGAAGAAGCUGGUCAGUGGAUGGAUGGGGAUGUGGCAACUUUGAAAGAUGGCGAGCGCCAGUGCAGGGAGAUCGCAGCGCACUGGAUGGAUUGGGUGAGAUCGCAAACCUGCCAGACGCCUCCAGGCAUCCGCUUCGACUUCUUCGUGGGGCGCACGGCUGCGCCGGGGAAGGCCUGCGUGCGGACGCUGGAGAUCUGUGAGCUGGGCUUCAGCAUGCUGGGCAAGCAGGGUCUGCCGUCCAAAGUCUUCUCAGCGAUGCUGCGAGCCUGCCUGGAAGACUAUGACAUCGCAGAUUUGCCAGAUGUACCUCCUACUGCGCGGAACCGAAUCAUUCGUGCUACCCAGGUCACUCAAGAGAUGGACCCGAUCGAGGGACCGCUUGAGGCCGGCUAUGUAGAGCGCGGGAAUGGCUCCAUGCCUUCCGUGCUGUACGUGACUGUGCCGCGGGUGCCACAUGGAACGCCAGACCAAGUGAAAUGUACCGGCAAGUACGAUUUGGUACCAGGGACCUUCCCCAACGGCUGCCCUUUGUGGGUCCAUGCGCGGGGAGAUCGCUUCCUGUAUUCGGGCACAGACGGAUACUGGUACAUUGGCGAUGACGAGGAGCAAGAGUCGAACUUUUGCUGCGAAGCUGGGUACAUCAGGCAUGCCCCUACCACAGGCCUGCUGCCGCACCAAGUGAGAGGUCCUUGGGAGCGCGGGCCUUCUUGGACCCCGGAGAUCACCAUUCUGGUCUCCGACGAUCCGCAGGCGACACCUCCAAAGGGCGGCAAGGGCGGCAAGGCAAAGGCGAAGUAAGCAUGGCAGUUUGGCCUUGUACAGAGUGAAUCCAGCAACGGGGUUCGCGGCAGACUUAGCAAGCUGGCCGUUGAAGAGUUCUCACCGCUCAACAUAUCAGCGCCAGAG